AUGGCACCUCAAGAUAUCUACCCCCCACCGCCACCACUACAUAAAGCAGACCCAGCAGGGCAAAUCAUUCAAUCCCAACACGGAUCCCAUUCCAAUGAGACGCACAACUUAGCCUUUUCCGAUGCAACAAGUAGUUCAUCCCCGCCCCGCAACACCCCUACUUCCCAUCAGAGAGACCCUCCAGCAAGUCGUCAACUAUUCGAUCACAGGAAGGAUGAUCCUGUACGAUUUGCAGUUCUUGCCCAUCCAUCGUCAACUGGUGCCCGCCCUCCACCUACACCUAAAUCAUCAGGAGACUAUGUCUCUGCGUCUUCGACUUCCUCAUACGCUCAUUCGUUGACGUCGAGCUUCGCCCUUUCUUCUGGCACGACAGAUAAUUCAUCUGCAUUGUGCGCAUUACUUGUCCCGCGCUUCUUAUAUUCUAUUCGCAGAGCCAAGCCAUCGUGCCUCCGCUUCUUCCCAAUCAUCUGA